UCUUGAAAAAACAAAAAAAGUUGUUGUCAUUUUAUUUUAGUGUAUAGUAUGUGCAAGAAAAUGAUGCAUUAUAAGAGAUAUCAGCACUGGAAUAGGAAAGGGGAUGUUUUUGUGGUUUGUGUAGAUGAAGAAACUACCCCUAUUGGUUUAGUGUGUGGAAACUCUGGUUACAAUCACAAAAGAACUAAACCAAAACUUUUUUACCUUCUUUUUCUUUGUUUAAUCUCUUUUAGCUUUUUUCUAGCUCCACAAUUGUUCACUUCUCGUCAUAAAUUUUCUCUCUUGUAUUCAUUUAGUUCUGAAGAAGGAGGGCUUAUUUCUAAAUCAGAUUUUAAUGUUUGUUCCUCUGUCUCUAAUGGGUCAAUUUGCUGUGAAAGAAGCAGUAUCCGCUCCGAUGUAUGCGUGAUGAAAGGCGAUGUUAGGACGGAUUCUGCUUCCUCUAGAAUUACCCUCUACAGAAACAAUGGUCAUGAGAAUGGUGAGGUGCUUCGGCAUGAGAAGAUUAGGCCAUAUACUCGGAAAUGGGAAAAAAAUGUGAUGGACACCGUCGAUGAGUUAGACCUUGUUGUGAAGGGAGAGCAUUCCAGGAUUCAUCAAAAGUGUGAUGUUAAACAUGAUGUGCCGGCUGUGUUUUUCUCUACUGGAGGUUACACCGGUAAUCUUUACCACGAGUUCAAUGACGGACUUUUGCCCCUUUACAUCACUUCUCAGCAGUUCAACAAGAAGGUUGUGUUUGUAAUCCUUGAGUACCAUGCAUGGUGGAUAAUGAAGUACGAGAACGUCCUGUCUCACCUCACCGAGUAUCCUAUUAUAGAUUUUAGUGGAGAUAAGAGAACUCAUUGCUUCCCAGAAGCCAUAGUUGGUUUAAGAAUCCAUGAUGAGCUAACUGUUAAUUCUUCAUUGAUGGGUAAUGAUAAGACCAUUAGAGACUUUAGAGAUAUUCUAGACCGAGCUUAUUGGCCUCGGAUUAGAAGUUUGAUCCAAGAUGAGAAACGUGAAGCUCGAAUGAACAUGGAAAAACAUGUUUCGUUACCCUCAUCCGAGACAAAGAUGAUGACGAUGGAAGAAAAACAGGAUUUGAAGAAACCUAAAGUGGUUAUAAUAGCUAGAAAUGAUUCUAGAGCUAUAAUGAACGAAGAUUCUUUGGUUAAACUGAUCGAAGAUGUUGGAUUUCACGUGGAAGUUUUGAGGCCACAACGAACAACAGAGCUCGCAAGUAUCUACCGAGUCCUUAAUUCAAGUGAUGUUAUGAUAGGAGUUCAUGGUGCUGCCAUGACACAUUUCCUCUUCAUGAGGCCUGGUUCUGUUUUCAUCCAAAUCAUUCCACUUGGAACAGAUUGGGCAGCAGGUACUUAUUACGGAGAACCAGCAGUGAAACUAGGCCUCAAGUACAUUGGAUACAAAAUUCUUCCUAAAGAGAGCUCAUUGUAUGACGAAUAUGACAAGAAUGAUCCCGUCCUGACUGACCCUAACAGCGUGAACGAUAGAGGAUGGGAAUUCACGAAAAAGAUCUACCUUGAUCGACAAAAUGUUAGGUUGAAUCUUGGAAGGUUCCGUAAAAGAUUGCUUCGAGCCUAUUAUCAUUCUGUCGCCAAUGAAAGCUUACGUUUUCGUCAUCAAAGUCAGUAACUUUUACCUUAUUGUGGUUCAUUAAACAUACAUAUUUAGUCCCAAUUGUGAAAGUUCUUAGAGUUGUACAUCAUGAUUCAGAAUAAAUGAAAUGAACAUUAAUUCCUGUA